AUGGAUUUCGCAAACGUCAUUACCUCAGGAGCCGAUCCCUUCCAUCGGGUCAAGCAACCUCUCUCUGCGCCUGUGAAACACAUACCAAAGCUCCCUUCCAUUUCCUCGCUUCUAGCAGGCGCGGAUCGUGCUUCUGCGCAUUCAGCAAAACGCGAAAGGACUACCUCGCCGGUCGUUUCUUCUGUCUCUAGUCACGGCCCUGUCAAGAAUGUAUUCAGCGUUCCUUACGUCUCUUCUGUACUAAAUGCCACCUCACACUCCUCUCCUACCGAACCCCCGACCUCUUCCGCAGUAUAUUGUCCUAGAACUAGGUCGCCAAAUACCGUCUACCAGAAUGUGGGAAGUGUGCUAGUGCAAGCAGCUUCUCUACCGCCAUUCUCCACGCCGCACUUGAUCACUCCCAUUAAUUGCGCCUGGCAGCAUCAUGAGUACGACCCCUAUUCCAGUGAUAAAUCGUUCCAACAGAACAGUUAUCGCUACACCUGUAGUAUAUGCUACAAGGUCUUUUCCCGCCCCUCUAGCAUCCGUGUCCAUUUCCACAGUCACACGGGCGAGAAACCAUUCCGCUGCACUCAUGCAGGAUGCGGGAAAUCUUUCAGCGUGAAGAGUAACAUGAAGCGUCAUGAACGGAGUUGCCAUGCCGCCAGACCGGUUGCCACAGCUAUGGUAUAA